AGGCCCUCCCUGGGUUUGCUGCGCCCCAGCAGCCCCGAUGUCGUACUGCCGGUGGCCCCCCUGGGCUGCCUGCUGCAGAGCUCCCUGGCGAAUGCCGUACUGAGGCGGGUGGGGGACCUGGUUUCGGAGCUGGGGCUGCUGCCGUACAACCAGCCAUCUGGCGAGGGCUUUCUGAAGCACCUGGUCAUCCGCACCGGCAGCGGUCCGAGGGGGGAAGCGGCAGAGGCGGCAGCAGCAGCGGGAGAGGCAGGAGGGGCUGUGCGUCUAGGCAGGGAUGGCGCCAGCAAGGCACAGGAGGAGGAGGAGGAGGAGGCGGGGGAGCCGAAGGAGGUCAUGCUGGUGUUUGGAGUGACCCAUGGGUCAGCCGCUGCAGCAGCAGCAGUAGGGAGCGGAGUCGUGCAGCAGCAGCAGCAGCUGACCUCCCUUGCCGAGCAGUUGGCGGCUGAAUUCCCGCAGCUGCCGCAUGACAGCCCCAGCUAAGCAGCGGAGCUUACUGACAGCAUUGCAGCAGAGACAUCAGGUCAGUGUGUCCAUGCAACUGGUGUCCCCGCCGCGUCCCUCCCCCUCCCAACACGGCAUGCGGCGAGUGCACAGCCCCCUGCAAGCGGGCGCAGCGGUUGCAGGCGGAGGGCUGCUGGCAGGGGGCCGGGAGGCAGUGGCGCCACACCGCCAGCAGCAGCACCACAGGCGGGGGAGCGGCAGCGGGGCGCAAGGGGCGGGGCAGCAGGGCCCCCAACAGCUGAAGGCCUUGGAAGGGAGAAGGAGCUAUCGUGGGGAUCGUGGGGGUGGGGGUGGUAGCUCUCGUAGCGGAGAUGCAGAUGAUGCAGUAGAGGAGACGUCUGAGGAGGUGGCAACAACAGCGACGUCGUCAGUGCUGUUGUACGGCAAGCCGUACAUACAUGAUGUACUGCAGGGCCUCACGUUCCGCAUCUCCCCCGGCUCGUUCUUCCAAACCAACAGUCGCCAAACUGAGAUCUUGUACGACAUCGUACGACAGGCCGCCGGGUUACGACCUGGCGCUCAGGAUGUCGUACUGGAUCUGUACUGCGGUACGGGCACCAUUGGGCUGAGUUUGGCGGCGGAGUGCCGUACAGUGGUGGGCAUGGAGGUGGUAGAAUCCGCAGUGGCUGACGCGCGUGUGAACGCCGCGCUCAACGGCAUCACCAACGCCACCUUCGUGGCUGCUGACGUGGACCAGCUGCACCGCCUGGAGGCGCUGAUGGAGGUUGCUGACGUGAUGACUCACAAUGGCCACAAACCUGCAGCAGCAGCAGCACCACGAUCAGCAUCACAGCAGCCGCAGCCGCAGCAGCAACACAAGAACCUGCAGCGUCAACAGUCAAGGCAACAGCAAUCUAUACAUCAUCAUCAGCAGCAGCAACCCUCCAGCCGCAGCUUCUCCCCAGACGUUGUGAUCGUGGACCCCGCUCGCGCCGGCUUGUCAGCCUCCGCCCUGGCCUACCUGAUCCUCUGCGGCGCCCGGCGGGUGGUGUACGUGAGCUGCAACGUGGCCACUCAGGCGCGAGAUCUGGCGGUGCUGUGUAACGGUAACGGUAACGGUAAUGGAGGCGGCGGCAACGGUUACAACGGCAACGGUAACGGUAACGGCAACAGGGGAGGCAGCAAGGGUAACCAAGGCAGGGGCGACAGGAAGGGGGGCAGCAAGGUUGGGCCGGAGGGUGCGGAAGGAGUUGGCGGUGGGGUUGGGGGUGGGCGAGGUGUGUUUCGGCUGGUGUCGAUUCAGCCGGUUGACAUGUUUCCGCACACUGACCACGUGGAGACGGUGGCGGUGCUGGAGAGGAGGUAGCAGGAGGCGGGAAGGACUGUAGUAGGAAUGAAGCCCUGCAGUCCCAGCCCCAUGUUCCUCUCGGUAGGGGAGGUGGGAGGAGGCUGUGAAGUGGGAGCGGAGGUGGGAUACGGAUUGAGGUGGAGGGUUGGGGAGGCUUGGUGUGAUGGCUGGUGGAGACGGCUGUGUGUUUGGGGGGAGGGCAGGGGACCCAUCAUGGACGUGGUCGCGUUGGAAACUGACAAACACUGAAUAACAGCUGGCGAUCGCCCUGUGCUGGACAAGCAGGAUGUCGCUUUUGUGGGCAGGCCAUGGCGCAAUGUAGCGAAGCGUGUAACAGGAUUGGACUUGCUGAAAAGGCCUGGCUUCGGCGUUGCCGAACGUUGGGGAGGAGCACCGCGCGGGGCAAGGGCCCGCGGGUCCUUAGUGCUCCUUACCUUCUGACAAUUGCAGUGCACAAGUGCAUAGCGGCAAGGGAACGUAUGCAGUAUGCGCAAGUUGCUUAUGGCUACGCGUUUAAAUACUAAAGCAAACAGAGAGAGUUGUAGAG